UGAAAAGAAAUGAUUAUUUAAUGAUUAUUUAGUAAUUUAUUAAAUAUAUCCAAUAUUCGCUAUAUUAUAUAUAAUAUAUAAUAUAUAUAUAACAAUAUUUCAAAACAAUAUUCUGUUAUGACAUCUGUUCAAUUAGAAUUUCGGUUGCGAAGAAACAUGAUAAGAAUUUCAUUCUCGGUCAUCAUAUCGUGCAUGAUCUUUUCAUAACUUAGAAAAACAUAAAUUUUUCUUCUUAUAUAUAUUUCUUCAUCAAUUUUUUAUGAAGUAAGAUAACUAACGAUAGAAAAUAGGGAGAAUGUAUUUCGUAAUACUAUUAUGGAUGGUUACAUUUUCUACAACUAUGUUUACCGGUCUAUUUGAACCAUAAGAUGCGUCACGUAAUAAACACGAGGACGAGUGAUAGCAUGAGCGGGAUUAAUUACUGGAGGGAUUAAAUUGAUUCAAACGCCGCGCGUUUAUUAUACUGAAAUGCGUAUCUUGUAUUCAAAUCUCGAAUUUAAAUUAUUUUUACCAAAUUGAUAAUAAUUAUAAACUCUCAUUAUUUUGUUUAUUCGGAUGAAUAUUUUGUAAUGUAAUAUAUAAUAUUUCCUAUAUCAAGAUAAUACGAAAUUAAAAAUUUUCAAUUAUUAUUUUUUGUUUUUUUAAAGAUUAAUAUUUGUACAAUGAUUGCAAAAGCGAUAAAAGUAAGGGAAAAAAUUGAAUUAAUUUAUUUUUAAUUUUAAUGUAAUACAUUGUCACGUUGAUUUGCAUUUUAUAAAUUAUUUCUUAUUCAUGAUCACUGGCACAUUUGUUAUUUGCAAUCUCAUAUAUCUAAAAAAUUUAAACUUAAUUUUAUUUUUAUCUUAAUGCUCAUUCGAUUUUAGUCAAAAUUUCAUGUCGAAUUCAAAUCGCAAAGUAUACAUCUUAAACUGUGAAUGAAAAUUACAGAAAGAAAAAGAAAGAAGAAGGGAAAAGAAAUUGAUCGAUUCGAAAUCCGAAUUCCACGUGGGUGAUUGGUAAGUUUACGUUUGCAAGUAAACCUGCAAUAAGAACAUCGACGUACCAAGGACGAGAGACGGGGAACGAUACCGUUUGUCACGAGUUGUUACUUCGUUGAGUUGACUUACCAGUCGUUGGAGAACCAACCAAGUAGGCAGAGGACAAACCACGAGGUACAUGGCUUUUGACUAGACAAAAAACAAUGGCUACACUAUCUAUUGAUAAUCCAAUAACUACAGAUUCUACGAACAGGAGAAAGACCGACAAUUGUGGUAAACUGUUGAUACAAUUUCUUUUAAUUUAUUGGAAAUCGUUUGUAAUCAUAUUAUGGCCACUGAUUCUAUUGCCCAUUGUUAUCAUUGAAACUACCGAGGUAAAAGCGAUGCGAUGUCUAUACGUGAUUGGUUUGAUGGCAAUGUUCUGGAUGACCGAAGUACUUCCUUUACCAAUCACAGGUUUAAUUCCUAUUUUUCUUUACCCACUGAUGGGCAUAAUGAGCACUGGUGACACUUGUAUGUGUUAUAUGAAUGAUACUACAAUGAUGUUUAUUGGCAGUAUGGUGAUUGCGAUCGUUAUUGAAAAUUCUGGUCUACAUAUACGUAUCGCACUAUUGAUCAUUAAAUUGAUUGGUUGCAGUCAUCGAAGAUUAACAUUGGGAUUGUUUUGCGUAACUAUGUUUUUAUCUAUGUGGAUUUCAAAUACUGCUGCCACUACUAUGAUGUUACCUAUUGUCGAAAUUGUUCUCUUAGAACUUGAAGCACAAGGUUUGGGUGAUAUGUUCAUACGAGAAGAAAAUAAUUGCGAAGAAAGUAUAGAAUCAUCAAAGAAACCAACACAUAUUACUAUGACUUAUUAUCUUGUGACAGCAUAUGCUUCUAGUCUUGGAGGUGUGGGCACAUUAGUCGGAACUGGCACCAAUUUAACAUUAAAAGGAUUCUUUGAAAAACGGUUCCCAAACAGUUCUGGCAUUAGCCUAACAUCGUGGAUGCUUUAUUCAGUCCCACCAAUGCUUCUAAUGGGAUUCCUCACGUGGCUUUGGCUUCAAGUUAUGUACAUGGGAAUGUUUAGACCAGGAAGCAAAGAUGCAAAAGCUAUUAAUAUUGGCAAACAGGGAGAAAAAGUUGCAACAACUGUAAUCGAAAAAAGAUACAAAGAACUCGGCCCGAUUACGUGGCACGAAUUCUCUGUUGGUCUCCUCUUCCUUGUAGUUGUACUACUAUGGUUCUUCCGAAAUCCUGGAUUUGUACAGGGUUGGCCAACUUACAUUACCGAUUUACACGUUAAAGAUUCAACGGCAGCCGCUGGUGUUACUCUUCUUUUCUUCAUAUUACCAUCUAAAUUGGAUUUCCUUCGAUCAUUCGACGCGGAUCCUGUUAAUCGUCCAACCAAACCAUCGCCUGGCAUGAUUACUUGGAAAAUGAUUAAUACGAAGAUGCAUUGGAGUUUGAUUUUAGUUUUGGGUGGUGGAUUUGCCAUCUCAGCUGGAAGUACCACUUCCAACCUUUCUUCUAUUUUAGGAAAUGCUUUAACUAUUUUGAAAUCAAUAAAUCCAUUUGCGAUAUUAUUUAUUGUCUGCCUAUUUGCAGAAACUAUCACAGAAUUGACAUCUAAUGUUGCAAUUGCAAAUAUUAUUUUACCUGUUUUGGCAGAAAUGUGUAUUGCUUUACGAAUACAUCCACUAUAUUUGAUGCUGCCAGCCUCUUUAUGUUGUUCUUUUUCAUUUCAUCUACCAGUAGGCACUCCACCAAAUACAAUUGCUAUUACAGCAGGUCAUAUAAAAACUAGAGAUUUCGCAAUUGCUGGAAUAGGACCUAGCAUUAUAACGCUUCUUGUAACAAUAUUUGCAUUUUCCACUUGGGGCACCUACAUCUUUAAUUUAUCUGAAUUUCCUGAUUGGGCAACUUAAAAUUAUUUCAGUGUUUCAUUAUUGUGUUUAGUACAUCAUUAUCACUCAAUGUUUUUAAUAAAUAUCAAACUUCAUAAUCAUAUACAUAUAUAUUCUAUUUUCCAUUUUAUUCCAUAUAUUCCAUUUUAUAUAGA